AUGCUCGAAGUGUCCCUAUGCACUCAAGUACAGGAUUCCAAAGACCCGCGAUCCUCUAGCGAAAAAUCGCGGGCACACCAUGAUGACCGUUAAACGCGGUUACUGACUGGAUCCCCUUGGAAGGAACACCAAGGCGGCCGCAUAAAACGGCUUGGGCGAAAAGGGUUUACUGGGCUCCAGCGGCUCGCGUCAGGGACGGAUGGAGACGUGGCUGGAUCCCGUUCGAGCAUGUCGAUGAUCAACUUGGUGCCAGAUAAUUCAGGUUAUGUAGAGUGA